CCGAUGUGCGCGGGGGCCAUGGCGCUGUGGCGGGGGCUGCGCUGCUGCCGCCGCGCCCUCGCCUGGCUGCCCGUGCUGCUCAUCGCGCUGCUGCUGCUCUGGUCCUACUACGGAUACGUCUGCGAGCUCUGCCUCGUGACUGUGAGCAACCCUGUGGAGAAAGUGGCCUAUCUUGUAAUAUUCCAUAUUCUCUUUGUGCUCUUUGUGUGGACAUAUUGGAAGUCUGUUUUCACUCUCCCAGUGCAGCCAGACAAAAAGUUCCACAUGUCCUACGCUGACCAGGAGCGCUAUGAGAACGAGGAGAGGCCGGAGGUGCAGAGGCAGAUCCUCGCCGAGAUCGCCAGGAAGCUGCCGGUGUACACGAGGACAGGGAAUGGAGGUAUUCGGUUCUGUGACAGAUGCCAGCUGAUCAAACCUGAUCGUUGUCACCACUGCUCUGUCUGUGCCAUGUGUGUGCUAAAAAUGGAUCAUCACUGUCCAUGGGUGAAUAACUGCAUUGGAUUUUCUAACUACAAAUUCUUUCUACUGUUCUUAGCCUAUUCUUUGUUGUAUUGCUUGUAUAUUGCUGCAACAGUCUUCAAGUAUUUCAUUAAGUAUUGGACAGGUGAACUGACCAAUGGACGUUCCAAAUUUCACAUCCUUUUCCUUCUCUUCGUGGCAAUCAUGUUCUUUGUGAGCCUCAUGUUUCUGUUUGGAUACCACUGCUGGCUCGUUAGCAGAAACAGAUCCACCUUAGAGGCUUUCUCAGCUCCGGUGUUUCAAAAUGGCCCAGAUAAAAAUGGAUUCAAUCUUGGCUUUGUAAAGAAUCUUCAGCAAGUGUUUGGAGAAGAAAAAAAGCUCUGGUUGCUGCCUAUUGCCUCAAGCCAGGGGGAUGGACAUUUUUUCCCCAUGAGAGCCUCGUGUGAAGCUCGGAACCCUCUCCUGGCAAAUGAAGAGCAGUGGGAAGAGGAUGGAAUAGAUGAAGAGCCCCAGGGUUCUGGUGAAGCCUCAGCCCUUGUCAUAGAAAGGGAGACAUAGCAGUGUGACAGUGCAGCCUGGUAAAGCUUGAGCACAAAGAUUUCAGCUUCCCUCUCAGGAGCCUACACUUUCUCUUGGCAUGGACUUCAGUUUUGAGGGGCAGAAAACAAGUAGAUCUUCAAGAUGAGAAAACGUCCUGAAGUAUCACCCAACUGGAGUCUGCAUCUGAGAGUGCUUCUCCAGAAAUCCUGCUGUCCAGAUGGCCCAAGACUUUAUAAGUUUCAGUUACAGAGUUAACAGAACAGUUUUAUAGAGUGAUUGUGGCCAAUCUUCUUUGGCCUGCUCUCUUUAUUUUAUAAAUACUAUAUAUUUUUAUGCAAAAAAGGCAAAAAUGUUGAUGACAGUGCACUUCCAAAGGCCUUUUCAUUUUGCAAACGUCAGGGACUCGAGUUCUUGAAAUUCUACCAAGCCAUAAUAUUCUUGGGGAUGGUUAUUUAUUUUGAGGCUGAUUCCCCAACCUUCUCUUGACAUUUUCUACUGUGUUUGAAGUUCUGAGUCAGUUCAGCCCAGUGCGAGACAGACCCAGUUAAAUCUGGCACUAAAUUGGUAGUUGGGUGUAAGUGUAGUGAAAGAAAAAGUGCUGAACAUGCACACUGACAUGUGCAGCUGUGAAUGCAAAUAAAAUAUUCCCAUUGCCAGUAUCAAGAUUCAAGAAUAUUGUGGCCAUAGAUUUUUUUAACUUUUUUUAGGAGGGUGUUAUUGUCUUAGAGUUUGUUUACAGUGCUCUUUGCCCAGUCCUACUUGCAGGCACCUAAAAUGCAAACAGGAACUUCAGACAGUCCAGUUUGCAUUAAUUCCUAGGGCCAAAAUGUCCACUCAUUCCUGGAUCGGUGUUUGAUGGAAAUUUGUGUGUUUGUGGAAUCAGAAAGGAAGGUGUGAAUUCGAAACACAGGAGUUGGAAAUGACAGUGAAAGUUUAGCUCCAACAGUGGUGUUUGGAGUUUACACUCCACACGAAAUGCUGAAGAGAUAAUUGAUAUAUAGAGUUUUUCAGACUUCUUCCCAAACCAGUGCACUGACUGGUGGUUCCAGGGGUUUCAGCACUAGGUGAUCAGAUUUUUUUUACUUUUUGCUCCAUUUGCAGGCAAAGGGAUGUAUCCUGGUUCUGUUCUGGGGAAGGGAACUGACCCUUUGGCCGGAUUAUACACAUUUUUCUAGACUUGACUCUUUUUUUAUCUGCAUGAUUCAGCCCUGGCAGCUCCAUCACUCAUGUCUGAAUUAGGUGCAUGCUUACAGUAUUAGUGUACUGCCUUUAAGAUCAUUUGGUACCAUUUUCUCUCCCGGUUUUGUUUUGUUUAUCAGCCCAUUGGCAUUGAGGUGACUGCAGAGGCAGUUGUGCCUGUCAGGAGAAAUGACCUGAGAAGUGAGUUUGGUGACAAAGGCUUUGCCUACCUACUAAAUCCUUUUUUUCCCUCUGUUUUCUCUGCUGCUGCUGCCAGUGGGAAGGUGUCUGUGAGAUGGGAGAGCCUUGCAGAGACUUUGUGCCCUCAGGAGCAGUCGUUUCCCUGCUGUGAUCCUGCCCUGGGGACAGGGAUCCUCAGCUCUGCAGUUCUGUGCAGAGCAGGCAGGGAUCUCUGGAGUGUCUUACUGCUGAAUUGGGUUGUGAGGGGUCAGGGUGGGCUCACCCAGGCUCGGGGUGGUUUGUCUGUGUCCUCAGAGUGCUCUUGAACACUCAGAAUGUUCCUGCUUCAGCCACCAGAGCCCUGGCCGUGGGGUGGCUGUCACAAAACAGCUCUCGAGUGUUUCUCCUGCCCAUCUAAACCUGCAUUUCUAAUGUAAAUCUCGAGUUGGACCUUCCCCCGCGUGUGAUGAAAGAUGGCAGCAGAAUUAAUCACCUCAUUUUUGGUAAAACGUGCUCUGGAGGGGGAGUUUGAGAGGACGGUGGCAGCUAAACACAACAGGAAAUGUGCAGGAAUUUAGCACCAACAGAGGUGCUAUUUGUGCCUUCAAAAACUCAAAAUUCCUUGUGUAGAAAACCAGGAAGAAGAUCUGGGGACUUUCUGUUCCAUUCUGUCAGCUGAAGUGUAUUUUUCAGAGCUGUGUGGAUUUACAGGAGUUUUCUGAGCAGGUUCCUGUGUCCUUCCUGGGUUUGGUUCUGGUUACAGCUGUGUCUUUGAGCUGUUUCUCUGCCAGGCAGCAGCAGCAGCAGAGCUGCCCACGAGCUCUGCAGGCACCAUCCCUGCCUGCUCCUGCUGCAGCAAUGCUCACUUGGCAGUACAAAAAAUCAGGUUUCAUCUUCUAAUAAUUAUUAAACCAGAUGUCUUUAAAAGGCUGCUACCAAGCUCAGAUUUAGAAGCAAUUUUAAACAUUUCCAAGUAACUUUUAUUCAAUUUUUUUUCUUGUAAAUAGUUAUGGCCAAUUCUUCCCUUUCCUUAAAAGCAGCUCAGCCCCCUGUGGUUGUAAAAAUCUCUUGCUCAGGUAGAAAAAUGCAGUUUAAUCACUUCAGAACCACUCCCAUCAAUAUCCACAUCAGGUGUUGGAAAGCUUCAGGAGAUAAACACAAAAGCUGUGUAAAAAUGAGGCAGAACAAACCAAGGGAGACCCACAUGUCUGAGUGACUGAGCAAGCUCCAUUUUGUUCCCUUCUCCUCGCUGAAGGUGAUAUCCUUGUGUUACCCUGGCAUUUGUCCUGUUCGUGCUGGGUAAAUGCACUGGCAAACAGCAGUUGCUCAGCUGCUGUGGUCACUGCUGCAGGUGCUCAGAGGGAAGGUACUUGGCCCAGUGCAGGGCAGGUUUUUUAACCUGCAAAUGGCUCUUUAAGGGAUACACCUACUGCAACACCUCCUUUAUCCUCAUCCAGAGGCUCUCCACCAUCAUCCCUGACUGUGAGGGCUGUGUCAUCAAACCUGUCCCUUACCUGCCCUGCCAGCCCCUCCUGAGCAGCUGCUCCCUCCAUCUCAGCUCUGCAGGGAUGGGACUUAGCCCACCCAGUCCCACAGCAGCAAUGGCACUGCGGCUCUGGGAGCUGCCCAACACUUCCAGUGCAUCCUGGGUGUUCCUCCUGCUGCUGUGCUGGAGCACAACUGUUCCAGGUCUGCUCUGUGUGCCCGGGAGCAGCCUGUGUUCCCCUGGGACCAGCACCUUGGGAUGUUACUGUUGGUCUCUGGUCAGGUGCUGUAAAUCCAGUUGCACCAAACAAUUUGGUGAAGUGGAAAGGUUUGAAUCUCAGUUCUGGUGCUGCUGGAAGUUGUGAGACUGUCGUGCUCAGUGCUGAACCGCAGCCUGGAGCAGUGUGGAGGCAGGAAGGCUGUUUUCUCUGCCUUAGUGGCAGACAUGGACUAGAGAAUGAAGCAGAAAAUGAGUGGUUCUCAGCUCAGGUCAGAAACAGCUUCUGUCCUUAGGGGAUCUCCUCCUGCUGCUGGAGCUGCAUGGUGUAGAAGCAGCUGUAGGUCAAGAAGAUUUUGUUGCUUGGCUGAGUGCAGCCAAGGUGGGGGGCUGACUGGAAGGGGCAGUGCUGGGCACGAGUAGCCCUGGGGCCAACUCCCAUCAGGGCUAUUCCCAUGAGGCCCUGGCAGCUGGAACAGGAGCACCAGUGGUUGUGUAGCUCUGCCAGCAGUCACCAGGCAGUAAUAAAUAUGGGUUGAGUGCCAGCCAGCGUGGCAGUGUCAGACCCACGGCUGUGGAUUUGUGAGCUUCCCUCAGGGCACAGGAGUGUGGGCUCAGCACCUGCCACCUGGCCUGGGCUCCUUCUGUUGGUAUUGCAGCAUUUUACAAAUGCAUCUCACAUCCUCCUUGAGGCUGAGCUGUCUCAGCCAUGAGCAACUUUUCCAAGUGAUGUCACCAUGGGAAAGAAGCAGCAGAUGGUCUUGCUGGACUUUACUGUGGUACCUGCCACUGUCUCAUCCCUCUGCUCCUGGUUUCAUGUUCCAAAGUAACUGAUCACUAACAGUUACUCACCUCUAUCCCUCCUCACCUCUCCCAUUUACAUUCAGGUACACUGUACUCUUAAAAAAAUAGGGAAAACAUCAUAUUGAUGUUUCUCUGGGUAGAACUGUGGUCAGUCGUGUCCUGGGCCAGGACUCAUCCCCACCCCACUGCUCUGUCGGUUCCCUUUUCUCUGGCUGAGCUGGAUCUUUGGAGCAGGAUAACUUUGUUUUCCUUCAAGCAGGGAGCAGUACUGUAUGUUUUUAGCAGGCUCUGUGUGUGGUGCACAGUCAUUGGCAAGAACCAGGAAGCUUCCUAAUGGCACUGUGCAAUGAAUGUUUGCUUCCUGGGAGAAAUGGGAGUGGGAUUCAGCAGAAUCCACACCAGCUGGAGCUCUGGAGCUCUGUAUGCUGGUAUGGACUGAAAGCACAACUUUAUGCAUAAAGUCUGUAAUAUGAACAUAAAUAAUAAAUAAUUUACCAUUUUUUCCCUGAAUUUAGCUCUGAAGGACACGCUGAGCUGUUCUCAGGGCCCCACUGCCUCCCCUGCAGAGCAGUUACUCUGCAGAGCAGUUCCUCUGUGCAGAGCCAGCUCACUCACCCAGGGGUUUAAUUAGGAGGUGGAGGCACCGCUGACCUUGUCUAUUGAGCCAGAAUUAAUUAACUCAGAAGGGUCAUGUUUUCAUUCAGUGACUCCUGUGGUACAGAUUUUUGAAGUUGAUCCAUAGUACUUGAAAAUACCUCAAUUUUAUUAAUAUUUGUCCAAUCCUAUCAGCUUCUGCUUGGUUACAGAACACUUGCAAAAAUCAGCUCGCUCUGAUGGGAUCAAUGACAGCAUUUGCAUGGUAGAGUGGUUGCUUUCAGUGCCAGCAAUGGGCUGUCAAAGCUUGGCAGGGCAGCCCCCCACGGGCUCUUCCCGCUUAAUGCUGCAUUUCCUGCCCUGCUCAUUAGCGCUGAGCUCGCACCCACUGCUGCAGCCUCCGAGUCUUGUCCUUGUUCCAUCUCCCCUUGAGAGUUCUCUCUUCCUCCUAAACAUGUAGUUAUUUUCAGCUGUGAGCUGCUUGUGCUGGUUUUUGGAUACUGUGAAGGUGAGUAGGUGUCAUUUUAUGCAGUUGUGCCUGUAUUUUAUUUGUAGUUAAUCUGUUUGUCAGGUAUCAGUUUGUGAUUCUAAUCAUCAGGCCCAGCUGGCUUUGCUUAGAGCAGCAGGAUCCCACUUCCUGCAUUUUCUCUUUCCUAAAAACCUCAUUUCUUCAUUUUUUUCACUUUAGUUUGGGAUGUAAACCUUGUGAAAUAAAAUCUGAGUUUACAUUUCAAAUACAAGUCUGUAAGUUGGUCAUGCCUGCAUGCUCCUUAAAAAAAUUAUUUUUUUCUGUAUAAGGUUUUAGGAUUUACAGCAGCAUUUGUAAAGCUUUAGUGGGUAACAGACAAUGUUAAAAAAAGUGUAUGUUGAGGGGGGGAAAAAGAGCAGCCAAAAAAAACCAACAAAAAGGACCAAGGGAUCAUCUUUGUUUCUUCUUUUGGCUGUGUUUGAAAAGAAAUGCCUGCUUGCAUCAACCAGCUCAUGGAACAGGCAGGGAUUUCACCUGAAGGCAUCCCUGCUGUUUCAGUACUUCCUCAAGUACUUAAUUUCUUGAGUUCAACAUUGGACUAAAUCCCGUGGAACCAACAAAAUUGUUCUCCCCAUCUCCUUCCUCACCUGGAGGUGUGUGCUGCCCCUUCUCAGAUCAGCACUUUCCUUUGUAAGAGAAAUAAAAAUCCAGUGGAUUCUUGACAAGGUCAGUGUAUUAUUUUUUUCCCCCCUACCUUUUUCUGGAGAAUCCAGGAGCCUCCUGGAUGUGUCCGAGAGAGAAAUCCCUCAGCACCUGGGAUCCCAAAGGGUGAGUUUUGUGACUAAGAACUUGUGUGAGGAGGUGGAACCUGUUGUUCUACUGUUCUGAACUAACUCCAUGUGUGGUCAUUCUUCCUCAGAAUUAAUGAAGUAGCUUCCUGCUCUAUUCACUGCCCAUCUAAGCAGGAGCUACUCCAGAGUGAAUCCAAAUCCACUGUUGGAGCAGGGAACUUGUAACAGCUUCCCUUUUGCUUAGGAACAUAGGAAAUAGAAAAGGUCUUGUUAUUUUAUAAAUUAUAAUCUGAUCAGAUGGCUGAUCUUCAUCUGAAAAUGAUGUUUAUUGUGCCAAUGGGUCCCUGAAAGAUGAAACUUAAUUUAAACCUCAGGAUCAGACCAUAGCAGCCCUGUCUGCAUGUGCUGUUCAAUGUUAGCAGGAGUUUUUACUUUGCCUCACAGGAAAGCCAGUGGGUUUCACUUGCUGGAGUUUUUCCAGGCAGGAAAAUGGGGCUGAACAGCCACUGCAGGAGCUGCUGUGUGUUGGGAGCUCCCAACACACUCCCUCUGCACCAGGGUCAGGGCUCCCACCACUGGAACCCCCUGUGGAAGCUGAGCAGGCUCUGUGCCAGCAAAAUCGGGGAAACAACAGAAUUCCAGUGGAUUGGUGUGUUUACACCCAGCUGUUUUUCAGGAAGCAGCAUGGGCUGGUGGGGGUGUUUCUUACCCCAGCUCUGGUCUGUGCUGCCGAGGAUGCGCAGCUCAGCCGGGUGCUCUCAGACAAAUCCCUCACUUCUUCAUUUAGUAGGAAAUAACUAUUUUCCAGUGAAUGUCACAAAGGGACUGGUGCCCACCUUUGGGGUGCUGAGUUGGGGUCAGGAGUAUAGUGCUGCUGCUGACAGUGAGACUUUUGAUAUCAAACGGGUUUUUACAAAAGCUUGGGAACUCAUUUUUACUGUUGGACAAACGUUCUGACUACGCUGAUGCUCUGUGGAGUUUCGCUGGCAUUUUCCAAGUGUUUGUACAGUUUCUACAGCUGAAUAUCCUGUAUGUUCUGCUUUGUUGUUUUCUAUUAUGCUUUAUACUGUACUGCAGGCAAGUACUGCAUUAAAACCAUUUUUGGCUAA